ACUGCUUAUGUGCCAAUUCCUUCCAUUCGGCAAGCAUGGCGUUCGAGAGGCAUUGGUUGACUUUUACGGUGUGGGAACAACAGGGAAAAAUUCUUGGUUAUUUUGCUGAUCUUUUCUUGGGGACAAAAACGAAGAACGAGGCGAGGCAAGGGAAGAAAAAGCCCGAGUUGAUUCUCUGAGCAUGAAGUGCGAAAGGGGAGAGUGGAGCGAAGAACAGAUGCAACGGGGAUGACGGAGGGCGAAUGCCUGGAUACUACUGCUAAUGGCCCCGGGCCCAGCUGUUUGUACAUAUCUGAGAUACCUGGGCACGAUGCAGGCCUGUACAAUACAUGCAUGAAGACCAACAGUGUUCACUAUACUCGCAGGCCCUGUAUUUUCACGAGAUUGUUGCAGUAUCGCACUCCCUGCUCGACCGCGUCCUACGGAAGCCCGCAGGAUAUGCUACGUCGUCAAGGAGCUGCACAGCCAUCCUGCAGCUCUCCGCCGCAUGUCCACUCACCAUCUUCAUGCAUACGUCGAUCGAGUAGCCGCCUGCAGUUUCGCGCCUCAAUCCUUGACCCUCCCACCCUCUGUGAGCCGAUGUCGAACACCCACGACAAUAGAAACAGCCACCGCGUCCCAAAGCAGCAGCCUUGCCCACGUCUCAGCCAUGCCGUUGCCAUCGCCCAGCCACCGCUCGCCCGCGCAGUCCCGGCUACGAAGAAAGAGGACAAGCAACGCCAUGCCUGCAUAUCGUCGUUACACCGGCUCCACAAACGCUCCUGUCGCGGCCCGGAGAAGCCUGGCCUGGCGAGUGAUUGACGCGCCGCUUGUAUGCUGUGCGGCCGUUUGGGGCUGGUGGUGUGGAGGGCUCCCUUGCUGUUGUUGUAUGCUGUUGCCAGUGGUGAUUGCAUCGUCUCGCUCAUUCGUUGGGGGCUGGGUGCGCGGGAGGGUGCAUGUUGACGUGAUUCUGGUCUCCCUGUCGCGUACUCAGAUGUA